AUGGGCCUCCGCCUCUCUUGCCAAGCCGCUCAAUUGAGCACAAUUACCUGUCUCCAACAGCAACAGCGUUCGAAUAACAACCUCGAUUCAUCGAAAUACAGCCGGCCGGUGAAGGAAGGUUUCACUAAGAAUCCUCUCUUCAAAUUGGCUUUGCUCGCACUACCUAUAUCCAUAUUGAUAUAUCAGUACAGACAUGGCUGGCACGACUCUAAUAAUGGACCCUUCAACCCCCCAAAAUUCACACCCUUCGAGAUCGUCAAAAGGGAAGAAGUCUCCCCAACAAGCAUCCUGCUCACUCUUCGCCCCAUUUCGAAGAUGCUACUGCCAUAUCCACUUCAAGAUCCGUACAAACUGUAUUGGGAAAGGGGAACUUGGUCGGUAGAGGUGAAGCAACCCGAAUUGCAAAUUGCAAGGUCGUAUACCCCUCUACCCUCAGACGACGAGGAGCACCCUGCGGAUCUGCGGUUCUUGAUAAGGAAGGAGAAGAAGGGCGAGGUUUCGGGAUAUUUACACAAUCUGCCUUUGAAUGGAAAGGUUGAGUUGCGCGGACCGAAUCCGGAGGUUGACAUACCGGAGGAGGUUGAAGAUGUUGUUUUCUUAGCUGGCGGGACUGGUAUUGCUCCCGCCUUACAAGUCGUGUAUACACUGCUGGAACGGAGAAAUGCAGGCCAAAAGCCGAAGAUACAAAUAAUUUGGGCGAAUCGGACAAGAGAGGAUUGCAGGAUGGGUGGUAACAAGUCACUCUUGCAGAGUGAAGAGCCUGUUGGGCUAGUGGUGCGAAUGCUGGAGGAGCUUCAACGGAAGCAUCCGGAAAAUCUUGAGGUGACCUACCUUGUGGAUGAAGAAAAUACAUUUAUAGACCGCAAAAAGAUAUGCCAGGUGCUGAAGACGAGAUCUGAUGUGAGGAGCCAGCCGAUAUCGACUCGGAUCGACUCAAAACUCUUGUUUGUGUCUGGUCCUGAAGGAUUUAUAAAUUAUAAUGCGGGGCCUAAGAAGUGGGAAGGGGGCAAAGAGGGACAGGGCGAACUUGGGGGCAUUCUUGGGCGCAUGAGGGUGAGAGAUUGGAAAAUUUGGAAACUCUGA